GUAGAGCACUUAAUCAGACACAGAGAGGAGCGGUACCGUGUGAAUGGGCGAGGGGGAAGAGAAGGGCCUCAUUUACGCGACUCAAUCCAUAAAAGAACAACUGCCAGCCAGUCCUGCUGAAGGAUUAGCUCCCUGUCCAUGCUAACAUGGGCCUCCCCUCGGUGAUGGUGUUGCCCCUGCUAAUAGUCGUGGCAGCAGGGGUGUACUACAUCUACAACGAGGUCUUACAGUUCAUGUCCAAGACCUUAGUGCGGAACAAAGUCGUGGUGAUCACCGAUGCCGUCUCAGGAGCGGGAGCUGAAUGUGCCCAUCUCUUCCAUAAGGCCGGUGCCAGACUCAUCCUGUGUGGAACUACCUGGGAUAAGCUGGAAUCCCUGUACGACUCUCUGACUACUGACUCUGAUCCAAGAGAGACAUUCGCUCCAAAGCUGGUGAUCCUGGAUUUCAGUGACAUGGACAGCAUGGAGGAUGUGGUGGCUGAGGUCAUGGAGUGCUACGGCUACGUGGAUGUGCUGAUCUGCAACAGCAGCAUGAAGCUGAAAGCUCCCGUUCAGAGCGUCUCUCUGGAGCUGGACAGAAACAUCAUGGACAUCAACUACUUUGGUCCGAGCAGCCUCGCCAAAGGUGUUCUUCCGGCGAUGAUGUCAAGAAGGUCAGGACACGUUAUACUGGUCAACAGCAUCCAGGGCCGACUGGCGAUCCCAUUCAGAGGCUCGUAUGCGGCCUCCAAGCACGCGGCGCAGGCCUUCUUCGACUGCCUCAGGGCCGAAGUGGAGGAGUAUGGGAUUGUUGUCAGUACCAUCAGCCACACCUUCAUCAACGCCUCUGAGCCGCCACCCGCCGUGGAGCCAGCUCCAAAGCAAAACGUCCUAAUCAAUUAUAUCGCCAGUCAGCUCACCCACGGUGUGCGGCCUUCGGUCCUGGCCAAUGAGAUUCUGGAGACGGUGAACAGGAAGAGGAAGGAGGUUGUGCUGGCCCACCCCAUCCCCAGGGUGGCCCUCUACCUCCGUUCCCUCUUUCCUCCCUUUCUCUUCGCUGUGCUGGCGGCCGGAGUGAAGGACUCCGUGUUGGCAGAGCCGAUACAGUAGAAGAAGACAGGAGUAGAUGUGAAAUCAAGCAAAAUAUUGUUGGUCCAAAGAGUUUCACGUUGCUUUCAGAAUUAUGGAUUCAUUUUGACAGACAACAAUUGAGUGAACACAUUAAAAACUGCUGGGUUGAAAAAGACAAAUUAAUUUGGAUUAAUUUUAUAUUACUUUGCGAUGCUCAUUGAAUGAUCCAAACCUUGGGUUUGACUCAGCAUGGUGGAUUAUGCAGUAAAGAUUGGUAAAAGAGACCAACAUCUACUUCUAAGGCAAUCAAAGAGUUGUUUGAACCUAAUAACUUUUAUGACUAAUCAAGUAAUUUUUAUGUUAAACUAUUUGAUUGUCAUUUUUAAUUUAAGUCUGCAAUGGCAAUCAUCAUUUAUAAAAACAAAGACAACAUUAUGAGAUCUUACAAGAUCUUCAUUGACAACUAAAUUUUCUAGAACUUUCUUGGCACUUAACAGAAUAGGACCUGUGUGACGUCAUGGCAACAAGGAGCGUAUACAACUGAAAAUAGUGAGGAAACUUAACUUAAAUGUACGAAUGAAGUUUGUUGCUUUCAGUCUUACAAUUUUCUUAUUUCCUUUAAGAAUGUGAUGCAUCCAGAACCAUUAUCAAAUGGUGAAAUUUACUGACUUACUUGAACAAUCAAGAACAACCAAGAACAACUAAGAACAACCAAGUAAAGCAGCCAGAAGGAAUCGGCAAAGCCUGAGCGGUGGCAUCAUGGCAGGAUGAUAAUGUUACCAUGGGAGUGUCUGGGAGUCAAAACAGGCAGUGAAGACAUAAAAUAUUCCUUGUAAUUUUGGUAAGAGGGAUAUUUUCUAACAAUCUUCUUAAAGUAGAUACAACAAAAAUAAUUUUCUCCAUCAUUAAUCAUUAACAAAAAAAAAAUUCAAAUUUGACACUAUAUGCCUGACUCUUUUUGUGUUCUGGAACUAGAAUAAUUUACAGACCUCUUUUUCACAAAAAACUGUCUUUUUCAGUAAUAAACAAUUAGUUUAUUAUUGAGCAGAUAAUCUUUUUAAAAUAUGAAUUUCAGUGGCCUGCAAGUGCCUUUACCUUUAUUGAAGUUACAUUACUUUUUUCUGAAUGUGCGAUGAGAAAUGGUGGUCCGUUUUGUGAUUACUUUCCUUUUUACUUUUGAAAGCAAAAUUGUUAGGUAAAAGAUAAAAAGUCAGUGAGAACAAAUGAGGACAUGACCUGAAAAUUAUAUAUAUUAUAUAUAUAUAUAUACCCAAAAUGGCUGGAGAAGAAUCAUCUGUAUUGGACAAACUUUAAUACAAGCAUCAGAAAUGCUGCAGGCAACAGGAUAAGACAUAGGACUGUUUUCCUUUGAUUUUGUAAUCAAAUUGGUUAAAUUGCAAAUAUGAAUUCUGUUGGAAAGUUAAAUAUAACAUUUUAUUCAUGUAUCAACUUAAAAUUGCAUUACUACUACUUUCAGAAAAAUAUUGUAAUUCACAGACAUGUCCACUAGAUGGCAGCAGCACUUAUGACAGUUCUGUUUGUUUUUCGGGGGGAAGGUUUUCCUCUUCUUCCUUUGCCUUGUACUGGAGUGUUUCUUUUUAUCCUGCACUGGGAAAUAUAUAAAUAAAAAUGAAUAAAUAUUUUUGAUUGUU